AUGCGGCUAUUACGAUUGGUAUUUGGUCAUUGGUGAGUUUCAGAAGUUUUUCUUCGAAAAUUCAAAAAACUGUCUCACUGUCUUAUUUCAAUUCAAAGAUGUUUACCCUCCCGCAAUUCAGGUAUAUUCUCUGGCCUCACUUCUACUUUUCGGGUGGCAAACCGGUGUGCUCAAUCAUUGUCGCGCCGUCACCAUGGCACAAUCCAAUUUACAAUGUGAAUGGGAUUGUCCGUGCGUCGGUGCAUCGACUCGGCGAACUGCCAGUAUUAUUGAAGGCAAGUUUUGUAGAAGACACCAAAUCCGCUUGUUUGCCACCCUAUGAAAAGAAUGUGUUGAGCCAGAAGAUAUACCUGAAGAGAUUCUCUUCCAAUUCAAAAAGAGGUGAUUUUUUGUAGGUAUCUUCUGUUGCUCAACUCGGUAUAAUGGGGUGGCAAAUGGCAGCAAUAAAAUAUGAAAGAGAUCGCGCUGCGAAUACACUUCUACCUAAUUAUAACACAUAUGGAAGGUUUGAUAUACCUUCUUAUUAUGAAAGUUAUUGGCAAAGUCCAGAAGAACGAUAUUAUACAGGUAUCACAGUAUUUUGAAGUGUAAUAUUGCAGCGUUAUGAAUCAAACAUUUUCCCAAAAAACAGCAAACCUUCAUUUUCCAGGUCUAUUUGUGAUUCAAGUUCUGUGCCUCAUCGCCGCAUUUUUCUUACUUUUUGCCUCCGCUGCAAUGAUUUAUGGAAUCCACACUUGGUCAAAAUAUCUAGUUUGGCCCUGGUUUCCUGUAAUGAUCUCAUCAAUUCUAGCCUCGCUCGCAUAUUGUAUUAUGUGGUGGGCUGGAGAUGUUCGAGAUUAUUGGUUAGCAAUCACUAUUAUUGAAAUUAUUGUCGUAUUCAUUAAUGUGAGUUAGGCAAUCUACCCAAGCUUUCAAUAUCUCUAAUUUUUCCAGAUUUAUUGCGUUGUAGUGGUUAUGAUGUAUUAUCGUCGAAUCAACGCAACAACUGAUGAAUAUGAGGGAAAAGAUCGACGAGGUGUUAGAUAUAAGAUCAAUAGGAACUUCAAUUCUCGUCGGGAUCUUCUAGAUUCUUAUGAGGGAAUACAUCGAAGCCCAUCCCCAAAACAAUAUAAACCACUAGCACAGCCAUAUCCAGUUUUUCCAACUCGCCCGUAUUCGAGAGCCGGAGUUCCUCAAACACCAAUUCCUCUACCACCAACACAGGUUAACACACCAUAUCCAAUUGAUCCGAUGGAAUAUCGUGUAGAACCUAUUGUGAAGAGAGGAUAUAACAAUCAAGAUGAAGAUCAGGAUCCGGUGGGAAGUUGGGUUCGCGAGCAAAAUUCUAUAGAUCGCUCACAACAUUCGGAACCGAUUACUAUGAGCAAACAGGUUCAUCCCACUACAACUCUUCAGCAUUCUCGAUCUGUUCCUUCACUUCACGAUGGUACACUGGUAUCGCAUCGAGACUGUAAACAUCAUCGCAGUUCAUCUCGUCGCCGGAAAUCUUCGCGAAGUCGCUUAGAAUUUGAUGGUUCUGAGAGUGACACAGAAUUCACGCGGGCAAGAUCGCAUCGACAUCGAUCCAGCAGUCAUCGACGACGAAAGAGUCGAUCGAGGUAUGAUGAAUCUGUGUAUGAUAGUGAAGCUGACCGAGAAAGAGAAAGGGAACGAGAUAGAAGGAAAGGGGAGAAAAGACAUGGAAGCACUAGAAGUUCGAAAAGAAGAAGAAGAGAUGAUGAAGAUAGGAGAAGUGAUCGAAAUUUAGAGAGAGAUACAAGACGAGAUCGGGAUCGAGAUGAUAGAAGCGAGAGAAAUUUCGAGCGAGAUGGAAGACGGGAUCGAGAUGACAGAAGUGACAGAAACCUAGACCGAGGGAGAGAGGAUCGGAAUAUCGAUAGAACUCGCCCUCGAGAUUCUCGAGAAUCUCAAGAACCCGAACUCCCAUUCCAAGGCGGUAUAACCAUUCCCCAACAUAUUGUAAUCCCUCCAUCAACCGGAGAACGCGGACCAGAUGGACAACUCAUUCCGCAAAAAUAUCAUAUCAAUUCUGAAAUUACUAUAAAUUAUGAUCAGAAUGGACGACCCAUUCAACAAUCAACACAGCAGGAACCCUAUAGUCGGAGAAGACCGGUACGUUUUUGAAAAAAAACCCCAAAACCAAAUUGUUUUUUUUCAGAUGCAAAUCCAGUCGACUUUCUGA